UGUGUCUGUGUCUGUGUGUAAAAGCUAGCUUUACCAACGAGCUGCUGACUCCGUAACAGUUGCAUGUCAACGUCUCUUGUUGACUGCGUCGGACGCGUAGUUGGUAAUUUUAACAGCGAGAGAACAUCGACGCUCUACGCCCGCGACCGUCGUCGAUUCGCGCAUCCCGUUGUAAUCGUUAUAAAUCGCCGUUCGGGCAGUGAAUCUUCGUCAAUGGAUAUCGUCGAAAUAAUAUAGUGAACGACGAGUUUUGGCUGCGACGCAAGCCAGACGUCAGUGUCGCGGAGCUGCGAGGCAGAACAUUAUCUAUAUAACAGUUGACUUUGUGCGUGCAGCAGCAGCAACAAUAAUAGUCAGUGUCCGUGUUGGUGUGUAUAUAUCGAGUAUCAAGUCUCGCGAACAAAAGUACAUCGUGCAGCAGCAGCAGCUAUCGCUGAGUGUUGUCGUUGUUGUGUGCGCGAUCGCUUUUAUUUCGUGCCCCAGUAGUGUGGUCGGCGACGCGAGGAGCUGUGCUCCGUGUGUGUGCUGCACAAAACAACCGCAGAUGAUGCGUUGUUGUUAAUAUCUCGCUCAACGCAGCAGUUGUUGUUGUAGUAUACUCUACUAUCUCGGUGCAGAGUGAGAGAGAGAGGGACUCCAGUUUGCGCAAUACCCAAGAGAAGUUUCGUGUAUACGCGUGUAUACGCGUUUGUGUUCGUGUGCGCGAGCCAACUCCGUAUUCCAAAUUUCGCUGUAUCGCGACCGUGUACAACGCAUCUCGACAAAAGAGUGCUGCUGCUGUUCGGAGUGUGUUACAUAUAAUCGUUAAAGGCUGGGCAUAUAAUUCGCAGGUAUUAUAAUAUACCACAAGGAGUGCAGAGACAGACGGACACACACAUAUGUGCGCGCGUCGUCUCCGCUUGUGUUGCGAUUAUUAUUCAGCAGUGGUGGGCUCACGCCGUUCGUUGUUAUUUCGCUGUAUCGCACAGAGUCACUCGCUGCUAUAUAUACUAUAAAAAUAUAGUACACGAACUGACAGUGACUGCACUACUCCGCUGUUUUACACACUCGUCGGUCGUACAGUAGUAGUAGUAGCAGUGGUGGUGGUGAUGUAGUAGUAAAGCGAGCAAAGAAGAAGCAAAGAAGAAUAUAUUACAAUAACAAAAACAUCGGGACAUUGUGUGUGCACGCGAAUAACGAACUAUCCCCCGAUAUAUUUUAUAUACAUAUAAAUCGCUGAGCGGUGUGUGUAUAGUUGACAUACGUGCCUGCUCGACGCAUUCGCGACUUUACCCAAGAGUGCAACAGACAGUUCUCGGUGUCUGUGUGUCUGUGUGUGUGCGAGAGGAAGAGAGAGAGAGAGAGAUAGAAAUUGAUCGACGAGUCUCUCUCUCGAGGUGUGCGCGCUAGUUUCUCUCUCUGUGUACUGUACGUACGUGUGUCUUUUCUUGCGCUCAUAUACCGCGAGCAGCUGUGCAAAUUGCAGUGUAUGUGUGUGUGUUAGCAUCAUCAUCAUCAUCAUCAUCAUCAUCAUCAUCAUGCCAUCGACAUUAACGGCGUCGGCGAUCAUCGACAUUCUGCUGCUAUCUGCUGCAAGCUAAAAGGAUACUACGUAAUCAUCGUCGCGAGUAGCUGCAGCAGCAGCAGCAGCAGCAGCAGCGUCGGCGGCGCCAGUCGCAGCAGCAGCAGCAGCAGCAACAUCAACAGCAGCAGGGUAGGUGUAAUCCGAUACAAAUCUAAGGUAUCCUAGAUGCUCGGAGAUUAAGGCUGUAACCCUGGUCUGCUCUUACAAAGACGAAAAAAACAAUGGAGAGCUCCGAAGAGCCGACGAGUCUGCAGUCGAUCUGCCAUCUGCGCGCCUCCGAGCUCUUCCCGAAAUCCACGAGCUACGAGUGCGAGGACGCCACCCUGGCCUGCCCGUUCGCCCUGCUGAGCGGCGAGUACGUCGUGGCGCUGGGACACACCUCCGACGGGGUUCUCGCCCUCUCGAAUUACCGACUGUACGUGCAGGUGGGCGAGGGAUCGCACAACGUGCCACUCGGGCUCAUCGAGCUGCUGGAGGUCAAGGAGAUUUUUUACCUGCACAUCAGCUGCAAAGACGCCAGAUCGAUCAGCUGUGCUUUCUCCACCAACGAGCAUUGUCUGGAAUGGUUCAAGAGACUGCACAAGAUCACUCUUCCGAGGAAGAGCAUCGAGGAUAUGUUCGCCUUCGCCUACUACGCCUGGUCGAUGGAGGAGCGAAAGGAGUAUCCGAAACUCGGCAAGGAUAACGACACGUACCUCGCCACGUUCAAUUCGGAAGUGGAACGUCUGAAAUUCAAUCUGCACGGCACGUGGCGCAUCAGUCAGAUCAACAAGGAUUACCAGCUGUGCCCGUCCUAUCCCCCUCAGAUCCUCGUCCCGGCGUGCAUCUCCGACAAGACCCUCGAGACGGUGGCGAAGUUCCGCACGUCGCGGCGCAUCCCCGCGGUGAUCUGGCGUCACGUCGGCAACGGGGCCGUGAUAGCGCGCAGCAGUCAGCCCGAGGUCGGCUGGCUCGGCUGGCGCUCCACCGAGGACGAGGAUCUGCUCAAGGCGCUGACAGACGCCUGCUUCUACGACCGGGGCGAGUCGACCAUCAUGAGCGACGCCACCACACCGACGACGCCGACGACGACGGCGACGACGACGGUAAUCAACAAUUACUCUUCCCCGGAGCUGAGCGACGAGCCGGUGGUGCCGGCGCCCGUCAAGAAGGUCCUCAUAGUGGACGCCAGGUCGUACACGACGGCGGUGGCCAACAGGGCGCGCGGCGGCGGCUGCGAGUGCCCCGAGUACUACGCCAACUGCGAGAUACAGUUCAUGAAUCUGCCCAACAUACACUCGAUACGCAAGAGCUUUCACGCGGUGCGACAGCUGUGCGCCUCGGACGCCGAUCAAAACAACUGGCUGAGCUUGCUCGAAGGCACAAAAUGGUUUCAACACAUGUCGGGCUUAUUGAGGACGGCCGUCACGGUGGCAUCGGCGAUCGAGCGCGAGGAGAGGCCGGUACUGGUUCACUGCAGCGACGGCUGGGACAGAACCACUCAGAUCGUCGCGCUCGCCCAGCUUCUGCUCGAUCCUUACUACAGAACGAUGGAGGGUUUCCAAGUUUUGUGCGAGAGAGAAUGGCUGGAUUUCGGGCACAAGUUCGCGGAUCGCUGCGGGCACAAUGUCGGAUACGAGGAUCCGAACGAGCGAUGCCCGGUAUUUUUGCAGUGGCUCGAUUGCGUCCAUCAAUUGACCACUCAGUUCAAAUGCAGCUUUCAAAUGUCACCGGCUUAUCUCGUCAAAUUAGCUCAACACGCGUACUCGCAACUGUUCGGAACGUUCUUAUGCAACACGAGACAGGAAAGAUUGCAGUUGCGAAUAAGAGACCGUACCUUUUCCAUUUGGCGCUUCUUGAACUCGCCCUCGUUCGUCAAUCAUCUGUACACACCCACGAAAAAAGUAUUAUGGCCGAGUUGCAACGUGCGCGAUCUCAAGCUGUGGCACGACGUGUACCUGGGCAGCAAAGACUCGACACCGGGCAUCGGCGAUAUCAAGCAGCAGCGCGUGAAUCUGAUCGAUAUCGAGAACGGAGACAGCGAAUCGCAACUCACGGAGACUCGUUCCUACGGUGAUCUUAUCCAAGUACAAGAGCACACGGCUUAUUUACCUAGACGGCAAAGUGAUCCUAGCAUUUCAAUAGAAAAAAAAUUUGAUACAAUCACGUUAGAGGGUGGUCGCGCGAAACUCGGCAAAGAGAAUGGCGACGAACUCGUCGAACUGAAACGGCAGCCAAACGAAACCAAUUCCAUUACCGAGCAAUUACCAAAAGAGACUGAAGAAGUUAAAAUUCUACCGAAUGUUAAGCAAAUUUCUAUCGAAGCCAAUACUUCUGUGGCUAGUUCGACUGACACGAUCGUACCGAAUGGUGAUUUAAUCGUUGCUAAAAAUAUUGACCAGGACAAAGAUUUUGAUCAAGAAACCACGUGUAACGACACGCAAGAAUCUACGGAUUCGCAAUGGGUCGAUGCCGCAGCCGUUAACGACUCUAGCGAAAAAUCGAGUACCCCUAAUAACGAAGGUGGAAGUGAUUUGAGUGAAACUAGUGCAGCUCUAGCCUCGCGAACACCGAGCAGUAUUUGUCCGGCGUCGCCGAUCCAUCAAGAAGCUCUGAUCGACAAUUUGGACAGACUCGACGACGUCGAUGGUUUGCCGGUUAUCCAGUGCGACGUUCAGAUGCGAGUUCAACAAAUUAUCGUUGAGAAUAAGUUGAAGGAAGAAGCGUUGAGAAAAGAACUGCACACAACGAGAAUGGCUUUGAUAAAGCAAGUUUGUUACCACAAUGGAGAGGCUGAGCCGAUUGACGAUGUUGGCUCUUUACCGGAUUCGAUGGGCAGCGCCGGCGAACGCGGAGAGUCCUUACCGUCAGACAUGUCGUGGGAAGCUCUAGAUGAACCAGGACCAGCUCCAACUUUGUGGGUACCGGAUCAUGCAGUUAACCGAUGCAUGGGAUGUGAUACGGAAUUUUGGCUCGGAAGGCGUAAACAUCAUUGCAGGUGCUGUGGGAAGAUAUUCUGUGCCGACUGCUCGGAAAAUUCAACUCCGUUACCAAGCGAACAAUUAUAUAAUCCAGUUCGGGUGUGCAGUGAAUGCUACACUCAUUUACACCAUCACACAAGUCCAUGCCAAUGCCGACAACAGCAUCACUUGCAACAGCUGGAGACACAAGCACCACAAGAACAUAAACCAUGCCAACCUCAACAAACACUUGCGCAACAUCAGUAUCCGCAACAAAAAUUGGAAUCACAACCACAGCAGCAGCAGCCGCAGCAGCAGCAACAACAACAACAACAACAACAACAACAACCGCCACCUCCUCCACCACCACUACCAAAACCAAAUAGUAAUAACUCGAUAGAAUCAGUUGACGUUGCGGUACCCGCACCACCGAUUCCACCUCCUUUCCCUCCCGCAAACGACUGUCAUCGUUCGGCUGCAAACAGCCGAACAUUUAAUGAUGAAUGUUGCGAGGCUAUCGUCGAACCAAGCGGCGCCAAUUGAGCGCUGGCGCUCUCUCGUAAGCCAUCGUUUAAUUUGUUGAUCAAGUGAGGCUCUUAUUGAGAUUCGUAUUAUAUUUUUUUAAAAGCAUUAACUUUGUCAAAGUUGAAUGUGUAGUUGAACAUUAAUCGAUGUUACGUGUCCUUCCCUUGAAUUCGAGUAUAUAUUAGAAAAAUUUUGAUAAAUACAAACUUUUCAAAUAAAGAAUAAUAUCAAUCUCAAUGAAUCAUCACAAGUAUUCGUAAUCAAAGGAGUGCUGGCGAUUCCCAGGAAAUUUAUACACUGAAUUCUUUGUAUUGUAUACUUAUAUAAAUGACUAUAGUAGACCGCGCGAUCGAGUGAUCUAAUAGUCCAUAAUGGAAAAGAAGAUUUAAGAACUAAUAUUAAGAGUAUUUCAGAACGCGUCACAAAAGAUGGUAUGAUAUGAAACUACAUCUCUGACUUGAAUGAUAAAAAAAACGGCAAAUAUCGAACAUAGACUAUUUCAGUGUUACUUUUAUUAAAUUAGAUUAUUUGAAGAAUCUAAAACAAUUGUUGGAAACUGAUUUCUAAUUUUUUCCAUCACAAUUUAAAAACGUUAUACUUAAUAAAAUAAGUCAAAGAGUAAAGUUUUAAUAAAAUGAAUCGUGAUUAAGCUCAUUACUCUAUUUAAAAUUAAUUUAAAAUGCGUAAGUGUGAUAUAUAAAUGGUAUAUGUAUUUGUUUGUGAUUGGCUGUGACAGAUAUUUUAAUUUUAAAGGACGAAAAAUAUUUUACCUAUAACUUAUGGCUAAUCGAUAAUUUUUAUUUAAGUAAUGAAAAGUAUGAAUAAAAAUUGGAUUCUAUAGUUAUACUCAAAUUGUUGUUUUUCAAAUUCAAUGGUGUAACAACUUUUCGAAGCGGUUAGAUCUUUUGCAAAGAAAAAUAUUAUAAACCAUCAUUAGUUGUUACUUUAGAAUAAGCGAGUUUUAAGUGUUUUAUUAUUUACAAUAAAACGAAAUAAUCUUAACAAAUGAUAACUGAUAACCUGAACUUACCUUCUAAGUGGCCUGGUGCCAAUUUUCUUCGACCAAAAAAGAAAAUGGACAUUCAUGAAGUUUAAAUGCCAAUCGAGCAAAAAAAUAAAAACCGCUCAUGCAUGUCCAUAUAAAAAAUAUAACGGGUGUAAGAAUAUAGAAUUGGAAAAAUAUUUUAUACUUGGGAGUCGAUGGAUUAUACAAAAAAAAAAGUGGAAAAUGAUUCGAUGGUCGAUAUCAAAAACUACGUGAAACGUAUACAUGUAUAUAUUAUUAUACUUGAAUUAAAAAUGAGCGUAUUGAAUAAAAAAAAAAAAAAAAACAAAACAAAACAAACAUUGAUUACAACGCAAAGUAUUAGAGUAUUUAUGAUAUCUAGACGUUGAUCGCGACCUAUUAGUUUUCAUUUUAACAAUUUGCACGUUCGCUCAAAUUGCGAGCCGAGGUACAACAAAUAAAUAUCAUUUAUUUACAGUAAAUCGUAA